GUGGCGGGGCGGCCGCGCGGGCCGGGGGUCGCCGUCCGUCCGCCGGCUGCUCCCCGCCCGCGGUUCUCCAUCGGGUUCGCCCAGCGCCUACACCGCGCUGUAGGCUCUCUGCUGUGCGAAGCUCGUCCCGGGCGGGUCUCAGCAACGGCGCGGGCGUUUCCUUGGUCAUACUCCGAAAUAAUCCCCUUCUCCGGGGUUUUUUAUUAUUUUAAAAAUCCGAGACAGGCGUUCCCUGACUUGCCCAGGCUGGCCGUGAACUCAGCUUUAGGUCAGGCGGAUCUUGAAUUUGGGGCAACUCUUGCCUCAACCUCCCAAAUAGCUGGGAUUACAGGCCUGUGCCACCUGGUCUGGCGCGCUCUUGUGUGCUUCGUGUUUAACGUGGGCCCCCCUUUAAGUUUUGUGGUGGGAAGGACGGUGUCUUAACUGCCCAGCUUCCAGCGCGGAGCCUGCACACAUAGACACUCAAUAGAUACUAAACAAGUUUGUGAAAAACACGGGCUGACUUCUAAUGAGUGCUUUGGUUUGGUGACUCGUGCAGAUAUGCUGCCAUUUCAGCAGGAGUCCUCUAUGAGUAUGGACCCAGGCUUCCGACCAUUUGGUUUCAGAACAAUCCAGACUUGAGCCAGGAGUGGUAGCACAGACCUGUAAUCCCAGGGCUUAGGAGGGGAGGCAGAAAGAUCAAGUUGUUCAAGGCCAGCGUGGUAUAUAUGAGACCCUGGCUCAAAACAAAAAAAAUGAAACCGAAAUCAACAACAAAACCAGCAACUGUCAAGGUUACCUCCCAAGCCAUGUAACCUGGGGACAGAUUACAUGUAUUGUUCAUCAGUUGAACUUGACUAUAGGGCUCUCUCUCCAUAGAGCUGCAAUUCAGAAAGAAUCCCUUGGACCCGCCUCUUCUCUGCCUUCAUUGGGCAGCCCUUUUGGACUGUCUUGCCCAGGAUGUCUGGAGAAGCCACAGCCUUGGCCUGUCAUGCUCCAAAAGAACAAGAUGGACUUAACAUUGUGAAAGUUGAAGAAAUUGUUUGGAGGCAGGAUUUCAGUCUUCAGGGAAAUCCUCAAAGCCAGGAGGUCUUCCGCCAGCUCUUUAGACAGUUUGGUUACGCUGACUUCGCUGGGCCCCGGGAGGCUCUGAACCAACUGCAGGAGCUUUGCCACCAGUGGCUGAGGCCAGAGGAACACUCCAAGGAGCAGAUCCUGGAGCUGCUGGUGCUUGAGCAGUUCCUGGCCAUCCUGCCCGGGGAGCUGCAGACCUGGGUGCAAGAGCACAGGCCUGGGAAUGGAGAGGAGGCUGUGGCUCUGCUGGAGGAGCUGGAGAGAGAAUUUGAUGAGCUCCAGCAACAGGACACAGCUCAUGGCCAAGACAUGAUCUACAAAGAAUUGACACCCAUGGGAACACUCAAAUCUCCGAGUAGCCCACUGCAGCCCUUGAAGAACCAUUGUGGGAGUGAGUCCCAGGAGCCCCAGGCUUUACACAAGAGAGAUAGCAAGAUGGUGACAGAUGAAGUAUUGACAGCAAAGCAGGAAAUUAUUGAGUGUGUUGCAUCAUUGGCUAUGACAUCUCCAGAAAGGCUCCCCAGGGAAUCUUCAGGACAGAUGGUUGAAGAAACUGUGGGAAGUCUGGACAACAGUGAGAAACAAAGUGAUAUCGGCAACAAGGUGCAUCAACUUUCUCCUCAGGAAAGAUACUUCAGUCUGGCAUCUUUCAACAAGAAAAGCCCUACGGGACAGAAGAGCUUUGAAUGUAAUAAAAGGGAAGGAAUGCUCAGUUUAAAUUUAAGUGAUACUACAGGACCCAAAAUACACACAGAGAAAAUGCUCUAUGAGUGCUUAGACUGUGGGAAAGCCUUUUGCCGUAGGUCAAAGCUGAUUAGACAUCAGAGAAGCCAUACUGGAGAGAGACCUUAUGCAUGUAAAGACUGUGGCAAAGCCUUUGCUUUCAGGACAGACCUUGUUAGACAUCAGAGAAUUCAUAGUGGUGAAAAACCCUAUAAAUGUGACUGUGGAAAAGCGUUCAGAGGAAGUUCAGGGCUCAUUAGGCAUAGGAGAAUUCAUACUGGAGAGAAACCUUAUGGUUGUGGUGAAUGUGGGAAAGCCUUCAGCCAGAGCUCUGCCCUUAUUCAGCAUAAGAAGAUUCACAUUGGUGAUAAAGGCUAUGGAUGUAGUGAAUGUGGUAAGGCAUUUAGUAGAAGCUCUAUUCUUAUAGAACAUCAAAGAAUCCACAGUGGAGAGAAACCUUAUGAAUGUAAUGAAUGUGAAAAAUCCUUCAAUCAGAGCUCAGCCCUCACCCAGCACCAGAGAAUCCACACUGGGGAGAAGCCUUAUGAAUGUAAUGAAUGUAGGAAAAUAUUUAGGCAUAGAUCAGGUCUUAUGCAACAUCAGAGAACACACACUAGAGUUCAACUUUGCUCAUGAGUUAUAUAAUUGUGUUGAGCUAGGCGUGGUGGCUCACGCCUGUAAUUCCAGCUCUUGGGAGGCAGAGACAGGUGGAUCUCUGUGAGUUUGAGGCUGCCCUGGUCUACAACGUGAGUUCCAGGCCAGCUGGGGCUACAGGGAGACCCUGUCUCAAAAACUCAAAAAGGAGAGAGACAAAAAAAAGGCUGUAUAGUUGUGAAAUGCAAGGAAUUCUCUCUGAAGGUAAGACCACAGAACACACAAGUUUGUUGAUAGUAGGAAUUUUCUUUCAAGCCCAGUUCAGUCUUGUAAAAGGAGAUCCACGUGAAGAUGUCUGUCAUAUUGAAAGCUUUUAUCCAGGUACUUGUCCACAAAGAAUGGUAGAUGUUUUCUAGAAAGUCUCGACCCAUUUCUGGAUGAGGACUUGUAGGUAGUCCUUUCACCCACACCACUCCAGAUAGAACUGCCAUUGAACACUGUCAUGUAAGUCCACGAUUGAGGCACAGAUCCUGAAACUGCUCCUUAUAAGAUGGUAAGGAUCACUGCCCAGCCAGCUCUUGUGCCUCUGGAGUAGACACAUGCAAAGUUACUGAGCUUUUUGGAAUGUAUUGUGAGCUUGUGAAAUGUUGGGCCCUGGAUCGGUUUAGUAAUAUCUGAGGAAUGAAGUUCAUUUGGCCCCCUUGGCAGUUUUCCUUUCUGCCUUGAACUUCCUGUUGAGGUCUGCCUUAUUGGGUGCCUAGUGGUUUAGUCAUUGGGAGGACAGUCAUGGUGAUUGCCCUCUCAAAGGGCUGAUGGAAUACGCAUAUUUACUAAACAAGCUAUUAUGGCAAGGUGUGGUAAGAACUUUACCAGAAUAAAUUCAGGGUCCUGUUGAAGACCAUAUCAAGGAGACUGCCUCUUGGCUGUGACAUCUCACUUGAGAUCUAAGAUGUAGAUGUUAGCCUGGCUGAUGGUAGGGAGAAGAGGUGGAAGUUACAAGGCCUGCAUGGCAGGAAGAUGAGAGGAUCUGCAGAUGCUCCUGUAUUGUGACUUUGCUUUUGCUGGAGUUGUCUUGGACCCAAAUUGAUUUCUUUCUCUAUUAAUAACUGAAUUGUACAGCCUGUCUCAGCUCCUGAGUGACCUUUAAGAGCUAGACGUAUUCAGAUUAGUGUGGCAGGAAAAAACUGGUGUUUCUAGUCGUCACCUCCAAAGGUUGUGCAUUAUCAUUUAGCAAGAGCAAUCCAGUUUUAAGGAUCUCAAUUGCUUUUUCCUGUAUGUAACAAAUCAUUCAGUGUUUGACGUAUCAUUGAAUAACUUUUCUAAUUGUGAAUGUUAAUAAAGUAUAAAUCAUCCACAAUCCUGCUAAUCAUAGCAAGUGUUACCUUUCCAACUACUUCCUAUUGUGUUCCCCAAAUCCUGCCAUUUUUGGUAAAAGUCGUUAGUAAAUAUUUUUUGCUAAUUUUAACAUUCACAUGUUGAGUACACGCUUCAUCUGCUUAGUGUGAUGUGGGAUAUAUUGUAAUAAAUGGAGUUUUAAAAGUCUUGCUUUGAGCUGGGCAUGAUGGCACAUGCCUUUAAUCCUAGCCCAUGGGAGGCAGAGGCAGGGGGAUCUUUGUGAAUUCAAGGACAGCCUGGUCUACAUAGUGAGUUCCAGGACAGCUGGGGCUACAGGGAGACCCUGUCUCAAAAAGACCCCCCCCAAAAAAAUUGCUUUCAAAUAUUUGGGAAUAUGGAGCACAGUAGCACAAAUGGAAAUAUGCUGGAAGGUGGGAAAUACCAAGCAAAGGACACAGUACACUCAUUUCUAUUAUCUGGGAAAAUAAUGGCAUCUGGAAGCUAUGGCAGCCAGACUCUAGGGCUUACAGUUCCCCAAGAAAGUUAUCUAGGGUUGAGUUGAAGGAGCAUGGAAAUGAGAACUUUAAAAAUCCAUACACAUACUAUAUCCUCCCAAAUUAUCUUUCAUGAGUCUCAUCUUGUGGUGGUGGUAUGGGCUGGAUCUCCUGGAGCUGGAGUUAUAGGUGGUUGUGAGCUACCCAUUGUGGGUGCUUUGGAAUUAAACUCUGGUCCUGUGCAAGAGCAGUAUGUGCUCUUAACCACUAAGCCAUCGCUCCAAUCUUUUUUUAUGUAGCCUAGGCUGGCCUGAGAGAUAAGGCCUUGUUCUUCAGGAGUUCACAAACAGAAGUAUGAACUUAGGUCACUAUCAAAUAUGACUUAAACUUCCAAUCCUGUUUAGUUGCAGGCUGUGAAAAUGAGGGAGAAAAGGAAAGGUAGGGGACCAAGAUCCAUUUAAGGUAGACACUUGCUCUCUAGACUGUCUCUGGCAACAGAAAAGCCUGGAACAGAAGGAAAGGCAUUACUCACCCUGAAAAGGCUGUUGGAAAAAAAAAAAAAAAAAAAA